AUGGACGUGUCAGUCGAAUCGAGCGCACCAGUUCCCUCCCCCCUGGGCCCGUCGUUUCCCUCCUCCCCGACCAAUUCGAGGAAGCGGACGUUCGAUGAAGUCCACAAUGACGAUGGUGCAGAAGCCAGAAAGAUCCAGCGUUCCGACCAGGAGGAAAAUCAGGAGAAUUGGGCUCCGUCGGAGCACGAUCAAGCGACUGUCGAGAAGCCUGCUCCGACCGAUAUCUGCCCGCCUGCAUCAACCGUAAUGCCGGAGAACAACAAAGAUGGCCAUCCUCCCCCCUCUUCUCCACGCGCAGAACAGAAGAAGGAAGGUUCUGAGAAUUCUGCAUUGGCGACGUUAUCCGCAGCAGACACGAAUAUGCCGGUCCCAACUCCUUCUACACCGCAACAUUCCGCUGCCAGCAGUGCGAACAACCCCGCUAAGAAGCGUAAACUCUCUCCUGCCAGCAAAGAGGCCAAACGGCUAGAGAAGGAAGAAAAGGAGCGUUUGAAGCAGGAAGAGAAAGCCAGGAAGGAGGAAGAGAAGCGCAUAAAAGAAGAGGAGAGGAAGAAACGGGAGGCCGAGCGUGAGGAGGAGCGAAAGAAGAGGGAAGAGAAAAGGAAGCAAAAAGAAGAAGAGAAGAUGGCGAAGGAGGAGGAGAAGCGGAGGAAAGAAGAGGAGAAGUUGAAGAAAGAAAGGGCCCAAAUGAAACUGAGUGCUUUCUUUACGAAACCUACUACCACCACCACCGCCGUCAGCAGUAGUAAUGCAGAGUCUUCAACGGGCGAGGCGGCUGGCUCGACCUCUGCAGACAAGGAGCCUGAGAAGGUCUUGUCUGACUAUGAGAAGGAGUUUCCAGAGUUCUUUGUGCAAUCGCAUACAAAGCUAGCACCCCAACACCGGUUCGAACGUGAUCUCGAGGCUACAGAGCACAUUUGCCGGAAGCUCGAUGCACUGCUGAAAGGCAAUGUCGAGGGUCUUCCAGUUCCUCACUCUUUUCGGGGAUCGGAGAUGUUCAAGAUUAUUCCGUAUCGACGUCGCAGGGGGCGGAAUGUUAUGCCGGUGAAGGAAAUUAUUACAAAAAUCCAGAAUUAUGUUAAUACUAUUGACCUGACCGGGGAGUCUUCCAAGACUCAAAAUCCGAUGGAGCUACUCAAAAAGGUCACGAUGAAGACCUUGAAGUUCGGGGAAGACGUCCGUCCCCCUUACCAGGGCACUUUCACGAAGCCACUGCCCGCCGCGACAGCCGUGAAACUGUGCAAAAAACCAAAUUCUCGGGCAUUGCCGGAUACGAAUUAUGACUAUGACUCGGAGGCCGAAUGGGAAGAACCGGAAGAAGGGGAAGACUUGGACUCGGAAGGAGAAGAGGAAAUCAGCGAGGAUGGCGAUGACGACAUGGAAGGGUUUCUGGACGACAGUGAAGACCCCCAGGUCGACGGAAGAAGACGGCUCAUCGUGGGCGACUUGGAGCCGGUCUGUACUGGCAUACGCUGGCAGGAGGACAGCGAGUCGGACCCGGAGAUGCAAGCAUACCGAAUGGAGAUCAUAUCAGAUACGGUUCGGUAUCCCAUUGAUCCAUUUUCUACGGCUUACUGGCCGAAACCCAAGGCCGUGGAACAGGCGGCAGCCAAGGGAUCCCUGGCAGCGCCGGGGACAUCUGCUCGCACGACCCUGCAUGCGUACUCCACGAAUCCGCAGUCAUCCCUUGCGCCCCCUACGCAUUCCCUUGCGAGUACGGAGGCGGCGACAUCGGGGAAGGCUAAACGGGCGUUUCCUCCGGAGCAGCUUGACGAGUUUAAGCAGGUUGUUGAAGGGAGCGACCUGACGAAGACGGGGUUGAUCGAGGUGUUGAAAAAACGGUUCCCUAAAGUGUCGAAGGACGUGUUGAAGGACACGCUCCAUCAGGUGGCGGAGCGAGUUGGGCAGAAGGAAUCGGAGAAGAAAUGGGUGUGCAAGUGA